CUGGAGUCGUCCAAAUCAGACAGACAGGCAAGACAAAGAGAGAGGAAAUCGAAAAGGAAAAAAAAAUGAACAAAGGCGGCGGCGGAGGAGGAGCAGCAUCGGGCGGAGCAGGAGGCGGAGGGCCGACGGCGGCAGCAGCGGCGGCGGCGGCGCAGAAGCAGAAGGCGUUGAUGCAGAGAGUGGAGGGAGACAUAGCGAGCAUAGUGGACAACUUCAGCCAUCUGGUGAGCGUUUCUAGGGUUAGCCUCCCGGACUCCACCGUCCGGAACUCCCAGGAGUCCUUCAUGAUGGAGAUGCGCGCAGCCAGGAUGGUCCAGUCCGCCGACUCGCUCCUCAAGCUCGUCUCCGAGCUCAAGCAGACCGCCAUCUUCGCCGGGUUCGCCUCCCUCAACGACCACGUCGAUCAGAGAACCGCCGAAUUCGAUCAAUUGGAGGAGAAUACCGAUCGAUUGCUCGCUCGAAUCGGGGACGAAGCUUCCGCUCAGCUAAAGGAACUCGAAUCCUGUUACUACUCGUCGUCUUCUUCCUCUCAACCGUUGCAGAUUCUGUGAGAAACCCGAAUUGUGGAUUUUGCUUCUAUAUGAAGGCGUAGUUGAAAAUUUUUCCAUGUAAAAGAAAAAUGGAAGAUGGAAGUUCUAGUAUAUCAGAAAAGUGUUAGUAGGAACCACUCUGGUGUGGCGGUUGCAGGUUUUGCUGGUAGAGUGGAUUGCUUGUAUGAUGCUUCUAUUGGCAGAACUUUUGGCUGCACGUAAAAGCCUGAUUGUGGCUAAUAAGACUUUAGGGCUCAAGAGGCAUAUGGUUGAGUCCGAUGCGAGUUCAGCAAUUUCCCGCGUCUCUCCAGAUGUGGUUUGCUGGCUCCUUCUAGACCAAUUGUUGAUGACAUU